AUGAUUGACGAAGAAGAUAUGAGUCGUUUAGGACAACUAAAAAUAGCACAUCGAAAGGAACGCAAAGAACUACAAUCCAAGAUAAUGAGUAUGAAACAUUCAAUUUCGAACAGUGACAAAAAACGGAAAAAAGAAUUAGUAGCAGAAAUAGCAAAAAUGGAAGAAGAAAUGAAAAAACGCCAUGAAGAGGAGUUAGCAGAAUUAAAUCCAUCGUUACCAGAAGAAUCUGUAGAGUCAAUUAUUGUAGAAGAACGUGAAGAAAAACAGCCACGCAUCUCGAAAGCUCAAAGAAGACGAGAGAAAAAAGCCGAACUUAAUAAGAAACGGGAAGAAGCAGCAGUACAAGCUGCAAUUGAUGCGGAAAGUGCACCUCGGAAACUCGAAAGUGAAGCAAUUGAACGAUAUCUAAUGGAUCGUGGACUUAAAAUAUACAAUAUUGAGCCGGAUGGUGAUUGUUUGUAUAGCGCUAUAGCACAUCAACUAUCAUUAGUUACUUCAUGCCAGUUUAGAAAUGCAGACAUUCGUCAAAAAGCUGCUGCUUAUAUGCGAACACAUAAGGAUGAUUUUCUGCCAUUUUUAAUUGAUGAUAAUGGAGAAGCAGUAGAUGAGAUCGAAUUUGAGGAAUAUUGUAUGAAAGUUGAGAAGUGCUGCACAGAUGGUGGUGUUUGGGGUGGAGAACCAGAGAUUCGAGCUACAGCUUGUGCACUGGAAAGACGAAUUGAAGUAAUUCAACCAGGUGGACGUGUUUUACUUUUUGGAGAAGAAUACAGUGACCGAAAACCACUUAUUAUUACGUUUCAUCGAUUUGCCUAUAAUUUAGGCGAACAUUAUAAUUCGACCAUUUCGAAUAUUGCCACUAUUUCCUAA